CGCCCCCUCGCGCUGGGGUCCCAGCUGGCUGCGGACGGGACCAUGCGGGCGCUGGGAGCCUGGGUGCUCCUGGGCGCCGUGUGCGCGGGUUCUGCCCAGUUGCAGUUCCAUGUAAUCAAGUCUGUUGAAAAAACCAUUUGGAAUAAAACAGUCAUCCUACCUUGCAUAGUGACUAAUUUAGCACUGAACAAUAUUAGAGUCAUGUUUGUUAAAUGGAAACUAGAAAAAAAAGAAUUUUUCAGUUUUGAUGGAAGCACAGAAAAGAACCACAUAAAUAAGAAUUUUUCAUCUGCUAGGUUAGCAUCUCUACAAAAUUUAAAGUUUGGCGUUGCCUCAUUGUCAAUCUCAAAUACGCAAGCAGUUCCAGGAAACUACAGUUGUGAAGUGACAGAAUCGAAUAGGGAAGGAGAAACUGUAAUUGAACUUGUAUCCCGUAGAGGUUCUGCCCAGUUGCAGUUCAGUGUAACCAAGUCUGUUGUAAAAACCAGUCAGAAUGAUAAAGUCAUCCUACCUUGCAUAGUGACUAAUUUAGCACUGAACAAUACUGGAGUCAUGUUUGUUAAAUGGAAACUAGAAAAAAAAGAAUUUUUCAGUUUUGAGGGACGCACAGGAAAGAGCACCACAAAUAAGAAUUUUUCAUCUGCUGAGUUAAAUUCUCCAGAAGAUUUAAAGUUUGGCAAUGCCUCAUUGAGACUCUCAAAUACGCAAGCAGUUCCAGGAAACUACAGUUGUGAAGUGACAGAAUCGAAUAGGGAAGGAGAAACUGUAAUUGAACUUCUAUACCGUAGAGUGUCAUGGUUUACACCAGUAGAAAAUGGUCUCAUCAUACUCUUCAUGGUCUUGGCUAUUUUGUUUUAUUGGAUUCAGUUUGCCGUUACUGUAUCAAAAUUUGAAACUACACUUCUGAAGAUCAGCUUAAUUAUUGCAGGAGUUGUCAUCACAGUUUUUGCUGUUGUUGGUUUUAGUCUUUUGAUUUCAGAUGAGUUUAAGCCACAGAAUCAAAUUGGACUUGGCUUAAUUGUACUUCCUGCUGUGAUAUUAGUGCCGUCUCAAUACUUUCUGCUUCAGACAGUUUGUGAGAAUCUGUCGUUUGCAAUUGGUGUGAUAGUUCUGGAAUCACUUGGUUAUUUGAUUGCUGUCAUCGGAUUUGGCCUGUGCGUUACAGCAGGCCAUCCAAAAACUAGUGCUGUCGUGAUUGCUGGCUUAGCCAUUAUGGCUCUUACAGCACUUGUUGGCCUAAUUCAUGCAAUUCUUACGGGUUCCAGCAAGAAAAAUCAAUCUUCAAGGAAACCUGUAGAAGAACCACUUAAUGAUGCAAAAGGAGUGAUGUUAGAAUGAUGCGUAACUAACUGGCGAGAGUGACAGAAUCUGCUACAGAGGUGGUGAUAUGUGAAAAGAAAUACAUUUGUUUAUACACCGUGGCCUUUGAUGAUGCACUAGUCAAAGAGAAGAAAAUCAGGAACUUGGCUGUUUUGCACGUUUGGGAAAAAAAAUGCUAAAAUGAUUUACAUGUAAUUUUAUAGUCACAGCAGCAGUAGUUCCAUUCGAGAGAGAGUUGUUUUUUUCCCCUGGAGUCUGUGUGUGUGGGGGAGGGGGAAGAGUGAGAGCAGAAAAUGCACUAUUUUUUGACCACGCAGUUUCUUUGUAAUGUCACUAUUAGUGGUACCCUUUUCAAAAAAACAUCAGUCAUCGCUUUAAAACUGGGCCAGGUUAGUGACCAAAUGAUACUAGCACUAUACUACUGGAACAGACCUUUGUGAUAAUUUAAACAAAUUGGUAUUGCAUGCCUCUCUCCCCUCAAAUAUUAAACAAAUCCACUGUCGCUACUAUGAAGUUAAAUAUGAUAAAGCUUGUAAUUACAUUUAGAUUAGUGGGGUUUUGUGUGUGCAUGGGCUAGAUAUGUUCAUGCCUAUAUGAAUAGAAAGUGGAUGUUGUACAAAUGUUACUCUUUCCACUUUCAAUGUAUGUAUUAUAGAAAACAAUGGCACUUACCACACUGACAAAAAAUGCAUAAACAUAACCUUGCCUUUUAAUGAUUACCCAAGUUCCCCCCACUCCCACAUAGUAUAAUAGUCUCCUUGUGUAUAUAUAGUAGUUGUGUGCUGUGCUUCGAUUACUGAUAUUUUAGUCUGUUUUUUGUGCCUCUUGUUGUAGUCUUGAUUAAAUAUUACUCACCCCGAGUCAAAUUCAGCACUGCGGUUGUUGGGCAUAAUAUCCAUUGAUUUCAUUGUUGAAGGUACCCUUAAUGUUCAUAUGGUAUAGUCUGUAGUACUGAAACCAGUCUCAGGCUUUCUCCUUUGCAGACUUACAUUUAAGAACCUCUUGAUGCUUUCAGAAAACGGAGAAUAAUCAAAGUUAGCAGCAAAUCUGCAUUUUAAAUCUGCCUCCUUAUUACCAAGAAUAUAUGCAUAAAAAAUGAGCUGUGUUAGUUCAUGGGAUCCUGUUACUUAUGCUUUAAUUGAAAUGGUCAUCUUGACUUUGUGAUGUUGUCAUUAUAUCAUAAACAGAAGACUCUUUCAAACAGGGAAUAAGUAAAUUCAGCUUCUGAACGUAUAAGUUUUACAUAUAAAAAUUUAUUAAAACCUAUUUAGAAUCAUUUCUUCAUGUCUUGUGUAGUCUGUGAGGCCUUGCUAACUUUGAGGGUUCACCCACUGUAACUAGUAAGAAAGCAGUGUUCUCCUUUAAGACAUUUUUGUGACUAUAGAGAGCCAGGGCCAUGCUGCAGUUUGAUAUAGAGACCAUGGAAUUAACUUGGGGGGGUAGGAGGGAAGGUGGACUGAUCCUACACUCUCAUGCAUAGGCCCCAUGUGAGGACUGUAGGCUUGAGCACCUCGGCUAACCCACAGCACCCUUACAGAAGUCAAUGGGAUAUUCACAUGUGUAAAUGUUAGGGAGUAUAAGUUUGUAUCUGCUUUGUAAGGAUCUAAUACAUAUUGCUUUAAUUUUUUAAAGGUGUAUGGUUUGGGAAUGUGGUAUAGCAUCAGGGUAUUCAUAGAGAGUUGAAAUUCAUAUACAUUAGUCCUUUGGUUAAGCCUCCCCCAUUAAUCAAAAUAGUCUAAGUAAGAUGUGGGAGAUAGUAUGGAUCAUUAAUAAGAGGCAAUCCAGGGACUUCCCUAACAUUUAUGCAGGGGCUCCUCAUCUACACCCCUUUAGUUAAUGAUAUCAUCUAGUAGUUUAUAGCAGCUCCACGAAGUAGCAGGCUUUGAAAUUCUGUUUUGCCUUACUCUUAAUAUAGCUUUAUAAUCCACUGUCAGCAAACAGGAAUUUAGCAGCCAUUGUUGUGGUGAAGUCAAAUUCCUUUAAUAAAAUAUUACCAAAAAAAUUCAGCACCCAGUACUUGUCUAUUAAUCAUACUGCUGUAUGCAAAGGCUCUGCUUUGGAUUACUCUUGGGCACCAGUUAAAAGUGAGUUAGUGUUAAGUGACUUUAAGAAAUUAACUACCUUCCCUCCAGUAAAAACCAAAGUUGUUUAAAUGACUGAUACCAAUGUGUGUGUGUAUAUAUAUAAACCAUAUUCUCAUGAUUUGGCAUUUUGGAUAUCUGCAAUCUUUACCCAAGUGUUAUUUAUGAACAUAACUUUGUAAAUAUUGCACUAUUAUACUUAAAAUAAAACCCUGUUAAACUGUU